GUGCGAUGUUCCUGCACACAGACCUGUCCGCUAUGAUGCCAGUAAGAUUUUUCAAUCGUACUACUAUAGCUAGUACUAAAUAUAGUUAAUGUUAAUUAUUUAAUGAUAGUUUGAUUUGAUACUUGAGGGGCUACCUAAGCUAAGAAUUCGCCUGUGAAGUAGAGAAGAAGAAGUUAGACAGUCAAAUCCCAUGCUAAGAUUACAUCGAUGUGUAGUUAGCAGCACAUCUAGACGAAUUAUCAAUCGAAUACAGUAUUCAGUAAUAAGUAGAGUACUAACAAAUCCUAGUAUAAAUAAUAAUGAUAUUCCUAGAUCUAAUCAUAUAUUUGUGAGAUCAAUAUCUCAAUAUAAAAUAGCUGUAAAACAAGGAAUACUAGAAGAUGAGCUUCCUGUCGAUGCCUUUGAAACUGAUAUUGAAAAAUUAAAACCUAUACGAUUAUUUCCUGAAUUUUCAUCGGUAGAUCAAUUAAUAAAUUCUAAAACUAUACGGCUGGAAUAUUUCAAAGCUAUUGAAAUAUCUUCAGAAAUUAGUGAAGAUGAAAUAAAAUCAAUUGUUGAAAUGUUUUCUAAUGCUUUAGAUUUAGCUUAUGGAUUUCAUGAACAACAAAUUCAAAAUUUUGCAUGUUCAUUAUGGCAAACUGUAUUUAGUAUUGAGUCUACUCAUGAAUCAAUAUCACAGCUUCAAGAUCAAAUGAUGGAACAAAAGCAUAAAUUAAUUAAUAUGCUUAUAUUAAGUCAAAGAUAUCAAUAUUAUAUUGAUAAGAUAGUACCAUUAUAUGAUAUCCCUAAGUAUAAAGAUUUACAAAAUAGUUGGCAUGAUACUUUAAUUUCUACAUUUGAAUUACAAAUAACUAAAGAUGGUCCUAGUUUUAAUAAAGAAAAAAUUGCAAAUUAUCUUUCUGAUACAACUAAAAGUAUUCGUGAUAGAAGAAAUCUUCUAUCAACAUUUGCUGAAUCUGGAAUAACGAGUAAUUCAUCAUAUGAACGUAAAGACCAAUUUAUUAUAGCCUUUUUCCAAUUUUUACAUUCUAUAGGUGAUGAACAUGUUGAUUUUCAAAAUCCAGAAUUCAAACCUUAUAUUAAAGUCAUACAAUUAUUAGCUAUACCCAAUCGAAAUACUUCUACUAAAGGUCAUAUCGAAAAACUUGUAAAAAUUUGUGAUUCAUGUCAUAUUGAUUAUUCAGAAUUAAUUACUACUAUAAUGUAUUCUAUUCCAUUUAAUGAAAAUGUUUCAUUAAGUUAUUUUAAUUAUAAAUCAAGAGUAUUGGAUUAUAAAUUAAAUUAUAAAGAUUUAAAGUAUGCUAUGGCAGCACUUCUUAAUCUUCGAAAUUUUCUGAAAGUAGUAGAUAUUUAUGAAACAUUUCCUAAAUUAAGACAUGAAGAUCAAUUAGAAGUAUUAUUAUUAGUUAGUGAACGUAUGAAAGAUUGGAAAGCUAUGCAAAAGAGAUUUGAAGAUAUGUAUGGUAGAGGAGAAUUACCAUUUGUAGUUCAUUAUGCCAUUGUUAUGAGUGCUUUAGCAUCGAUUGGGAAAAGGAAAGAAGUUGAUUUAUUAUAUGAACAAUUAAAGGGUAGAAACUUAAUUGCAACUCAUUAUAUUCAUCGUGCAUUAAUAAGAAGUAGAAUUGUUGAUGAUGAUAUUGAAGGAGCCAUUGAAUGUUUUAAUAAUUUUAUGAAUGACGUUAGUAAUAAAAAAGUUGAAACUAAUGAAAAAGGUAUAAGUCUGACAUUUUUACUUGUUUUAAAUUCAUAUAUUGAAUUAGGAGAUUUAGAUGGAGCAUUAACUAGAUUAUCUAAAACUCUCGAAGAUAAAACUCUUAAACCAUAUAAGAUUGUUGAUGGUAAAACUUUAGCUGGAUUAAUUAGUUUAGCAGCUAAACAUUCAAGAAUUGGAGAUAUUGUUAAAAUACAAGAAAUUGCCAAUCAAUUAGGUGAAAAUAAUGAAGAUGUAAGUAUAGCCAUUGCAUCAGCCUAUGGAAAAUUUGAUCAAUAUGAACUUGCUGAUAAAUUCCUUUAUAAAGCUCAUAAACAAUCAGUUAUACCUUUUACAAAUUCAGAAAUUUAUGCAUUUCAAAUUCGAAAUUAUAGAUGGUGGCAUUCAAUUGAAACCAAUUCAGUUAAAAAGGCUUAUUGUAAACUGAGAUUAAAAUAUAUUGUUAAUUCAAUUCUUUCCAAUAAAUUUAAAAUGUUAAGUUUUAAAAAUAGAGGAUUACUUUAUCGACAAAUUAUAGCAUAUUUAAUAAGUCAAAAGAAUUUAAGUAUGGCACAUUCAUGUUUAAAACAUUUAAGAAUUGCUCAAAUAAUUGAAGAAGAUCAUUAUUUACCAUUUUUAAAAUUUUAUUCAAGUAUUGAUAGUUUCAAAAUGAAAUCCCAUGUUUUAGAUCUUUAUAAAAGAAUGGUUGAAGAUCGAGUUGAAUUAUCAGUAAGAACUCAUGUUUAUAUUUUAAAGACUAUGUUAUUCCUUGAUAAACAUAAUAAAACAAAUUUUCAAAAUUCUCAUAGAUUAUUAGAAUCUGUACUUGAUAUGAAUGGAUUAUCAUUAGUUGAUUCAGUUCCAAUUCCUAAACGAUUGAAUCCUUUAUUAAGAAAGAAUGCUCAAGAUUUAUGUCAAUUAAUUUCUGAUUAUGUUAAAGUAGUAAAAGAUGAAGAUAAUUCAAACAUUCUUUUCCGAUUCUUUAAUCAAAUGAGAGAUGCAUUAGGAACCAAUAUGUCAAUUGAAUUUAAAUCAACAGUAUGUAUACUGAUGAGUCAAAUUUAUUUUCAAAAGCAUGAAUAUCCAUUGGCCUUAAGAUUAGUUGAAUCUGGUAUAAAUGAUAUAAUUAGUCAAAUUAAUCAAUUAAAAUCAGAUUAUCCUUCUGAUAUACAAUUUAGAGUUCCUCGUAAUUUCCAAAAUAUUUAUCGACAAUUAAUAUCAUUUAAAUUACAAUAUGAUCAACCUGAUCUUAUAAAAUUAUUACAACAAACAAUAGAUAGUAAUAUACCACUUGGAGGUAUGCAAUAUAAUAAAAUCUUUCAAAAAUUAUUUGAUGAUGAUAUGACAAAUGAUAAUUUAGAUGUAAUAUUAAAGAUUUGUGAAAAUUCUUUAGUAUCAACUAAUUAUUUAGAACUUUUCAUAACUUCAACUAUGAGAAGAUGGUAUAAAAUUCUGAUUUAUUUAUUAGCGGCAACUAAUAGUAAUAGUAAUACUAAUAUUGAUAGUAAUCCUGAUACUAAUACUGAUACUAAUACUAAUCAAAUAUUUAAUAAAUAUAAUAUUUUAAAUAAAUAUUAUAAUGUUGAAAGUUUUGAACAAUUACAACAAGAGUUUGGUGAUAUUGAACAAACUAAAUUAAUGUUUAAUAGUGAACUUCAAGCUAAGUCCAAUUUAAUUCUUCAUGCAAAUUGGGUUGAAAGAAGAGUUUUAAAUAAUAUCCCAAGUAUAUUUGUUCCUGGUAAACGUAUUAAUAGUGAAAAUAAGAUAUUUCUUAUAACUAGUUAUGAAUUAUGGAAAUAUAUUUCUUUAAUUGGUGAAGAACAAAUUAGUAUAUUACAAGAGAAAUAUCCCAGGACUUUGAAUUUCUUAAGAAUCAAUGGAUUUGCUAGAUCAAGGAUGUUACAGUUUGAAACAGAAAUUGAUAAAGUUAAACCUCCACCAUUUGAUUCAGAAGAGAUUCUUUAUGAUAAGAGACGUAGAUGGAUUGAUGCUUUAAAGAGUAUGGGUUUAUGAUCUAUUACUACAUUAACAUUAACUGCAUUAGCUUGUAUGAUAGUAAGUUUUCUUUUUCUUUUUCUUUUACUUUAUUUAAAAGAACUUGUAUAUAUGUACAUAGCACA